GGGGUUGUGUACCGGGUCUGCAGGCAGACCCACAGUGACGAGAACGAAGUGAUAACCUGGCCUCGCCCUGAAGAAACGACUAUCACCUAUCGCAAGGUUCCUACGAUUACAUGCUACACGCUCGGUCGCCUGCGACAUCACGACCCCAUUGUCUUGUGGGGCAACGAAGCCAGGAGAAGGGAGAAUUCCUUCGCGUGGACAAAGCUGUUGUUGGAUAACACCUUGGAUCGAUGGGACUACCUGGAUGAUACUCUGGAAGCCGCUACGCGCCUAGGGAUUUUCAAAACUCCCAAUGGCAAGGGAGCAGUCGAUGUGGUCACAGACUACCUAACCAUGGUACACGGACACGCAUGGGCCCAACUUCGAGCCGAGAUAGACGACAUCGUCGACCAUAUUCCGGUCGAGUUGUACGUGACCUAUCCCGCGCAGUGGUCGGGCCCAGCAAUCGACGCGACUUUGGGCGCAGCCCGAAGGGCUGGAUUUCAAUCCAAGCCUGGGGACUCGAUUUUUGGGCUAUCCGAGCCGAUGGCGGCCGCGAGGACUGUUUUUGACCAGUUCCCCCACGUUCUCAAGGAAGGUGACAUGAUGUUGGUGUGUGAUGCCGGAGGCGGCACAGUAGAUCUAGGGGCCUAUCAGGCAUGCGAUGCUGAGCCCCAUCUCUAUAUGCGAGAGCUUACCACCGCACGAGGGGCCCGGUGUGGAAGCACGGCCGUGGAUAGCAGGUUCUACGCGCUCAUGGAGCAAAGAUUUCAACGAUCGUUCUCCCAAUUGCCCCUGCAGCAUGUUGGCCCCGGUAGUCCGCUGAUGGAGAGAUUCGAGUUGUACAAAUCUCAGGUAUCAUUGGAUACGGCCUCGGGACACCUGUUUUAUCUGCCCUUAAACCGGUUGCUGCAUAAUGCGGACCCUGCCCAUUACCGGGCUGAGAGCCGGCAUAUUGUGAUUAGUGCCGGCGACAUGCGCAGUCUGCUACAACCCGUGGUGGGCCGGAUCCUGGCUCUCCUGUUUCAGCAGUAUCGGGAAGCCAAGGAAAUGUGCCGCGCUGAUGCCGUGGCGGGUUUAUCAACCCCCCACCCCCUUCUUAGACAUGCUCUCAGGGGACUGACCCUUCUCAGAGAAUUGGCCGUUGUACGUGGCGCUCUCCUCUAUGGCUGUCGGCGUGGACCGCCCUUGAAGAUCAAGUGCCCACGAUGGUAUGGCUUCGGAAACCCCCACGAUUGGUUCUUCGCGAAGGGGACACAUUACGCGGAUGGAGAUCAAGUCCGCAGAGCGUUCACUCAUUUCUACGGCGAGGGUGAGCCAUUUGUGGCCACAAAUUACAUACACGCCUGCGAAGAACCAGCGGACCCGGCCACCAUGAAGAGCUCUUUGCUCCAGCUGAACCUCGAAACUAUCGACAUGAGACCCCUUCAACCUCUGAUUGUGGAUGGCCGUACGAGGCUUCGGGUGGCCUAUACCGUCCAAUUUACCUUUCUAGGGACCGAAGGCAGAAUUGCCGUCCAGGCCGAGGCCUACGGACGCCUCAUUGCGGAAACGUCCUUUCCAAUCAGAAGGUGAAUGACUGCGUGGAUUUCCCGGCUCCUAUUUCCUUACUGCUUCUACCGGUUGGUCCCUGAGAAUGAUAUUAUUUUCUUUUUUUUUUGCAAUUGGAUAGAUAGCUUGACCUUUUGUUUAAUGUUACUGGAGUUCGUCUUGGUGUUUCUGUCGGUGUGAGCGAAAGUAGCACUCGUAGUGAUUGAGCAUCCGAAUGUCUGUCCUCUCUCGCGGGUCUAGACCGCUCCAGAUGCUAGAGUAGAGUGUCUACCUAGAUACUAUUGACGUGGUCCUAUCAUUCUGUCAUACCCUGUCUCCCCAACCACUGUCGACGACCCUUCUCCAACUCAACUGCCGCGGACAUGGAGAAAACC